AUGACAACAAGACUCCGAAACGCGAACCCGUGCGAUGGAUGCGCAUUAAGACGCGUUAAAUGCGAACAAGGGAAGCCUUGUCAUGAGUGUCUCAUUAGAGGCAUCGAAUGCACGGCUUUGAGGACCAGAAAGAAGCGUGGUCCAAAGGGUGGAGUGAGAACAACUACCAAAGACAAGGUUGAGAGAUUCCAGGAGAGUAUCAAGAAUGAUCAAUCUUGUACUAUUGAAACUACGACUCCUAGGCCAUCGUCUUUGCCUUCCUAUCGAAUACCACUUCCUGAAUAUGCACGUAUUCUCAACAUUUCCAAACGACCAGUGUCAUCCAUAUGGAUCGUCAUCAACCCUGAACAUCUUCUCACCAAAAUAUCUGAAAACAGUGAGGAUUACGAGUCUCAUGCUCUGGCAGCAGCACUAUGUGCCGCAACUAUAGCCCAGCUCCGACUUCCCGAGCAUGCCGGGCCGCUAAACACCACAUCUUCACACCAGUUCGCCAGAGAGUGCUUACAACUGAGGGAACUUUAUGAUUAUCGUGAGAGUUACAGCCUCAGUUCUGCCCUGAUACCCUUUUUCAUGCAUGUUUACCACUCCAAUGGAAACAAGUUGCGUACUGCUGGUUUAUUUUUGAGAGAGUCUGUUACCCAGGUUCAACUUAUGCAGCUUGGUUACCCUGAGACGUAUGCCCAUUUGAGUCAAUCAGAGCAAUCACUUCGUUUACGGAUAUACUGGCUUGUUCUUAUCACUGAGAGAACAUACUCUGCGCAGCAUGGCUUGCAAGCAGUUCUCCAAGUCAUCGACGUCUUCCCAGAUAUCCAAGACGACAUGGCCGACGAGCGCCGCCUCCAAGCCUUUGUAUGCCUGACGAGACUCUUUGCCUAUCUAGAGAGUAACCUAACGGCAUUUUCCUCAAACCAACCGCCGCUCGAAAGACAGAAACUGGUAUCAUACCAAGCGGCAUUAUGUCUCGACUCGCACGAUCACGUAGCUCGGGAAGCCCAAAGAGUCGACCUGUUUGUUACUCGCCAGUGGAUUAGACUUAUUCUGUGGGAGUACACGGCUCGUCAUUUCGCCAUGUCGUGCUAUCCAGACGAUGAAGCAUUUUCAUUGUAUUUACCUGUCAAGAUUGGACAUAAGAUGCUUUCUAAUUUUUCAAUGGUGACGAAUGCGGCUAUAAAAACACAUGGAUACGGCAUUGAACUCAAAGUGUUUCGACUAGCAGAUGCAAUGCUUGAUAUUAUUGCUUGUACGCCGUUUUCUGCUCAUGGGAAUGCAUGUACUACAUUCCGUGGGUGGGAAGGACUCAGGAUUUCUACGUAA